AUGGGCUCCGCGGCCUCGAAGCCAGUGAAGUCUACUGCUGGCGCAGCUGCGCGCCGGCAGUACCCAAAACAAGCCGCUCCCCCACCGAGGACGCCACGAACAGCUCCGAAAGCGUCGCCAACGCCGCAACACUCUACUCCUACAUCUGCACCAGCGCCGUCACCGAGCCAGGCGCCAGACCGCGUACCACAAGGGCCGACUUACCACUCCAAAGAACAGCCUUCGAGCACCAGGUCAAGCGCUAUUGAUCUCGAUGGCCGAGACCCUGACUUCGCUGCCUCCCUCCGCCAUAUCGGACCCGUCAACCCAUCCCCAACCCUCUCCAACUCCAGCACCGUCUACCGCGGUUCCAUGCAGACCGUCUUCCCGACAGCCUCUAACCCUGCUCUCCUCGUUUUGACCGCGCGCCAACGAAUCGGCAAGGCUGCGCAAGAAGAGCUUGAGCAGGUCGCACGCGGCAGCGGCACCGGAAGGCAAUUCCUGGACGCGUUUACUAUCUCGCAGGCGCUGACUAUGCGCGACCAGCAGAAAAUGCCUCUGCAAGAGAUUGAGAGAUUACUGCGGAUGAAAAAGGGUGUUAUGGACCGCUUAGGGAAAGACGGGGUGGUUUCGCGGGUCUCAGUGUGA